AUGCUCGGAUCGACUGAGCUUUUCGCAAAGGGAGCACCGACCACGCAGAGCACGGACAAUGGUGGCGCAGUGCGGAAGAAGCGACGUCGAUACGGUCCGAAACCCGAACCGCCGUACACCUGCUUUUGUGGCAAGGUCUUCAAGCGUCACGAGCACAUGCUUCGCCAUCGCGCCACUCACGACGAUUCGAUCAGGUACACUUGCCACAUCUGUGGCAAAUGCUUCCGUCGUCAGGACGUCAUGCACCGACACACCAUGACGCACAUCGGCCGCGAUCAUCAGCAGAGCAAGAUGCGCAACACUGCCUCGUCCCCGUCCUCAUCAUUGACUAGGACGUCAGCUAGCGCUGCAACUGCUACACGUCGCCGAGCAAUCGAGGGCAGCAAGUCGUUUCAGGCAGGUCGACAGCGUCACAAUGGGCAUGCGCAGUUCGACUAUUCCGGCAACCAGCAUGGCCUCCUUGAGGAUCCGUCUCUGCGCGUGGGCUUGGGCGACGACUCCUCGGCUGCGUACAACGAGGAUCACCACAUCGCCGCAGCGCAGCUACAGAACGCGUGUAUGGGAGUGCGCCACCCGUACAUGGCCAUUGCUGCCAACAACACGCAGCCGAUCAUGAUGAGCGGCGAAGGCCUAGGCCCAGUAGGAUACGUCCGCUCGGAUGGCAUGGAUGUGACCACCGACUAUCACAGUCGUAGCGCCGUCUCCCCGCCCGACACGCUCUACACCUCGGCACAUGCGCUCUCCUCAAACCUGCUCCAGCCUGGCCAAUUCGGCGCAAGCUUCGUUCAGCCUCAGCUUCAGAUCCAGAUGGGCCAACAGUACGAGUACGAUGUCAAGCCCAACGUCCAAGAGCUUGCACAACAGUAUGCCCACGGUUGGCAUGGCGGCCCCGGCCUAUCGCAUGGCACAACGCAGGUGCCGCCUCCGGAGUCAGAAUGGAGCGAGCAGAGCCCUUCAGGACCCAGUCCUCACAGCUUUGCAUCGCCUGCUUGGAGUCAAAAGGCAGAGUUGAUGGCACGAGAGCAUGCAGAACCCGCUGCGAACAGGACGCCAUUGGGUCUGAUUUCCAACCGACAGCUCUCGACGGAGCUGGGCACGCGAUGGCAGCCACAGCAAUCUCAUUAUCAGCCAUACCAGCAACAGCAGCAGCAGCAGUCGUACCAGGUCAACUCUCCGCUGCUUGGUGCAAACAGCGCCCAUCAGUACAGCCUCAUGAACGGCGGCCCGGCUCAGGGACUUCCAAGGCGCUCGUCGGGCCCGUUUCCUCAAAAUGGAUGGGGUGGCUCACCUCACGCGGCCAAUGAUCAACCUCGCAAUCCCCAUCAAACCGACAAGACAGAUGGUCAGAGGGAGGUCGGGGGGGCUGGACUCGGACUGGACCUCUUCCAUCUCAGCCACGCCGGUGAUGACGCCGCUUCGCUUAGUCUUGGCACUUUGCCCCACGGCUCGUUCUCGAGCGACAACAACGAUCGACCACCGGCUUUGCAGCGCCAGUCCUCUUCGUCGCCCAUCGCCCAAGGCGCUUCAGACGAGCUCGCCUUCGCGCUACCUGGGCGUCGGAAUGAGCUCGAUGUAUGUCUCGCAGAAGAGCGGUCCGCAUGGCGCAACGUACGCGUCGGAGGGAAAGGACUUCACAUCGAUGUCGAACCUUCUCGAGCCCUUUGA